GGCAGUGGGCUUUACCUGAGGAGGCCCCCGGUCGCCUUCUCCGCUGUCAGCCACCAGCCGCGGGCCUCACCAUGUCCUGGGCCGCGCUCCUCGGCCUCCUGGCCGCGCUGCUUCUGCUGCUGCUGCUGACCCGCCGGCGCACGCGGCGACCCGGAGAGCCUCCCCUGGACUUGGGCAGCAUCCCCUGGUUGGGCUAUGCCUUGGACUUUGGAAAAGAUGCUGCCAGCUUCCUCACUAGGAUGAAGGAGAGGCAUGGUGACAUCUUUACUAUCCUGGUGGGGGGCAGAUAUGUCACCAUCCUCCUGGACCCGCACUCCUAUGACACAGUGGUGUGGGAGCCUCGCACCAGGCUGGACUUUCACGGCUAUGCUGUCUUCCUCAUGGAGAGGAUGUUCGAUGUGCAGCUUCCACAUUACAACCCCAGUGAUGAAAAGGCCAGGCUGAAACCGACUCUUCUCCACAGAGACCUCCAGGUGCUCACAGAUGCCAUGUAUACCAACCUCCGCACUGUUUUGCUGGGUGAUGCCACAGAAGCAGAUAGUGGCUGGCAUGAGAUGGGGCUCCUUGACUUCUCCUACAGCGUCCUGCUCAGAGCCGGCUACCUGACUCUCUAUGGAAUUGAGGCUCUGCCACGCACCCAUGAGAGCCAGGCCCAGGACCGUGUCCACUCAGCUGAGGUCUUCCACACCUUCCGCCAGCUCGACCUACUGCUCCCCAAACUGGCUCGUGGCUCUCUGUCAGCGGGGGAUAAGGACCGUGCAUGCAGCAUCAAAAGUCGCCUGUGGAAGCUGCUGUCCCCAGGCAGGCUGGCCACGCGGGCCCACCGGAGCAAAUGGCUGGAGAGCUACCUGCUGCACCUGGAGGAAAUGGGCGUGUCGGAGGAGAUGAAGGCGCGAGCCCUGGUGCUGCAGCUCUGGGCCACACAGGGGAACAUGGGCCCUGCUGCCUUCUGGCUCCUGCUCUUCCUUCUCAAGAAUCCUGAGGCCCUGGCUGCUGUCCGUGAAGAGCUCCAGGAUAUCCUCUGGCAGGCAGAGCAGCCUGUCUCCCAGAUGGCCACCCUCCCACAGAAGGUUCUGGACAGCACUCCUGUGCUCGACAGUGUGCUGAGUGAGAGUCUCAGGCUCACAGCUGCACCCUUCAUCACCCGUGAGGUCGUGGUGGACCUGACCAUGGUCAUGGCAGAUGGGCGAGAAUUCAACCUGCGACGUGGUGACCGCCUCCUCCUCUUCCCUUUCCUGAGUCCCCAGAGAGACCCAGAAAUCUACACAGACCCAGAGGUGUUUAAAUAUAACCGAUUCCUGAACCCUGAUGGAUCAGAGAAGAAAGAUUUUUACAAAGAUGGAAAACGGCUGAAGAAUUACAACAUGCCUUGGGGAGCCGGGCACAAUCAGUGCCUGGGGAGGACUUAUGCCACCACCAGCAUCAAGCAAUUUGUGGUCCUCGUGCUGAUGCAGCUGGACCUGGAGCUGAUGGACGCGGGUGUGGAGGUCCCCAAGUUCGACCUCAGCAGGUACGGCUUCGGGCUGCUGCAGCCAGAACACGACGUUCCCAUCCGGUACCGCGUCCGGCCGUGAGAUGCGGGAGCAGACGGGCCUCCGCUGCCCCCUCUGCCAGCCUGCCCCAGGCCUUCCAGCUCUCCGUGUCCGCCCCUGGCUUGGGUGUAGGGCCAGCAUUACCACUUUCCCAUUUUUUUCCCAGAACGCUGUGUCCAGGGGAGGGGAAGAAGGGGGAGCUGAGGGAAGCUGAACAAAGAGACAUCAAAAGCUCUCUGGAUUCUCUGCUGUAAAGUUUUCCCCAAAUCAGGCUUUUCUGCUCUGGCUCACUGUGAUACGCAUAAAAGCUAAUAGGGCAGAACCAGGAGGCCUCAGUGCUGUGCCCCCAAUUCCCAGAGCUGUCACAUCCCAAGUUUUUAACUAGUGUGCUCCAGGCCUUGUCCAGUCAGAGCAGAUACUGGCCACAGAAGGGCCACUCAGAAGCUAGCAGUGUGUCCACUGAGACAAUUCUGUCCCCCAGUUACUAUUAAAUUAGCUAAAGUCAAAGGAGCCCCUUGGAAUCUGCUUCCCAGGUGCCCCUCUCAUGGGACACUUCCCUCAUCACUCCGUUCACAUUGAUAUCUGAGGAAAUGCCAGAGGUUUUCCUGAGGUGGGCACCUGGAGUGUACAGUGUGGGCACCUGGAGUGUACAGUGUGGGCACCUCCGAACGCUGGGCUCUGAGUUCUCUGUGCUAAAGUUACAGGUACCAGAUGGGGUGGGCUAUCCCUGUGUUAAGAGACUCAGGAGGGGAACUAAGGAGGACACAGGCCUGAUGGGGCAGCCCCUGAGACUGGCAAAGCAAAAAGAGGAGGGGCCAGAUGCUCCAGCAGUGGGCACGUGUUUUUUUGGCCUUUGCUUUAAAAAAAUUACCUUAAAGG